GUUAGCGCUUGUGACGUGUAGGACUCUAUUUUUAUGCAGUAGACUGAUAAAUAUCAAGGCGUAUGACAGAGGCAUACGUUUAAUGCGUAUGAACAAAAAUCAUAUGCGGGUGUCUACUGCGCAGAGCGUCAGCGCAGGCUGUUGCCGUUGACAACAGGAUCUCUGGAACGGAACUGUCCGUCACGUGACAAGGAAACUAAACGCGCGGAACUUAGUUACCCAAACACUCUUUUUCACUCAUAUUUUGGGCAUUUUACUGCAACACCAACAGUUUAGGAUGUAGUAAAGUGUUUUUUAACGUUGUUUAAAACGAAAUUGUAAUGCUUUAGUUCUGUUACUUGUGGCGUCGUGAUUUAAUAUCAUGUACAGUGACCUUAGAAAGUUACUUCCACGACCCAGACCGACCAGUGUCCGACCUAACGGUGAAACCAAACUUGUUCGGGAUGUCUAUACAAGAAAGGUUCCCUACAGAGUUGGAUAUAACUGGAACAGAGGCGGAAGACUCAAGGAGCUGAGAAUAAGGCAUUUGGCAAGAAAGUUUCUGAAAAUAUGGAUGAAGAAUACCUUUGGCCGAGUUCGUCCUCAUAAGGCCAAGACGUACUACAACAUUGUGAUUCUGCGACGAACCUUUGAAAGCUGGAGGGAUGAGUGGUGGACGUCCAGGAGGGAGUGGAGUCUUGCAUUGAGGGCAGAGUGUCACCACAGGUAUUAUCUUUAUAACCUGGUCUUUCGUAGCUGGCGAACAUUUCUGUCAUUGCAGAGGGAGAAGAAGACCAAACUACAGCAUGCUCAGACAUUUGCUGACAGGCAACACAUGCGUCUUGUCUGGGACAGGUGGAAGGUUUUUAUAGAGAUGAGGCGCAUGAAGAAGAGGAUGCUUGCAUCAGCUCUUGAGCUGAACAGACACGUGACUCUACGUUCUGCGUGGUGUUUAUGGCAGGCCAGGCUACAGCAAUGUCAUGAACUUGAUGCUUUGGAAGGCCAAGUUCUAAAACGGCGUGCUUUGACUUUACAGAGAAAGGCUUGGUUCCAGUGGAAGGAAAUGCAUGCAGCUGCCUGUCGUCAGAAGGAGAAAGAGUCCGAGGCUUCACUUCACUUCAUUCUCACACAGAAAAGAAAAGCAUUGCAUCAGUGGAUACGUUAUGUAUCCUUUUGCCAAAACAAAAAGAAGUCAAAAGCUGUGGCUGAGCGCGCAGUGUAUCUUCAUUUGGUGAAGGCGUGUUGGAGUAAGUGGAGCAAUGCGUUGCAUCAACGAUGGAGUGAAGAAGAGCGUUUACAAACUUCAAGUAAUUUGUCUAAACGGAGCAUCCAACGCAGAGCUCUGGAUCGAUGGAAAGUUUAUGUGACGCUGUGCCGAGAAGAAGCUGAAAGAAACCGUAUGGCAAGUCAACAUUACCAUCAUCAUUUACUGAAUGCUGGAUUACAGGGACUCUCUAUUAACAUCAUGUGGAAUAAAACAAACAGAUUGAACAACAACAUGGCUGUCCAGCAUUACCAUCAAACUACAUUAUGUAAGUCCUGGAAGCUGUGGCAGGACAGUCUGGAGGAAUCUGAAGAUAGGAGUUUUCAGCCACUAACAGAAAUGGCACAGAAAAACUACAGAACAUCCCUGUUAAGCAGCUGUUUAAAAUACUGGAGGGAGAGACUUUCUCAACAAAGGCACCUGAAGGAACUGGAACAUCGUGCAGAAAUUUGGUUUACAGAGCGCAUGUUGCCCCGUGGCUUCAACUCAUGGGUUGAGUUCACUCUUCAAAGCAGACUUUGUAAACAAAGGAGGCAAAAGGCAGAGGUCUACAAUCAACAGCGCCAGUACAUGUGGGUAUUUUACACCUGGUGGGGACAAUCAGAGAAACUGAGAGCACAGAGGCUUUCAGAGCAGACGGCAGUUCUUCAUGAGAGACGAUGCUGCACGCAGAGAGCCUGGUCUCGUUGGAGGCAAAGGACCAAGCAGCAGAUCCAGGCAGUCGAAAAAGAGAAGGCUUUGGACCAUCUGUACCGGUCUAGGCUUCUACACAAGGCAUUGACAGAUUGGAAGGACAACAGCACGGAGAUUCGAGAAAGGAGAAACAGAGAGCAGCAGGCCUGUCAUCAGGGUGACCUGCGCUGCUUGAAAUGGGCUGUGGAAAAAUGGAAAAAGUUUGUUCACAGCCAGAGAAUGAAGAAGAGCAAAUUGGCUCAGAUACAGCGCUACAAUGAACGUAAACUUCUCAAACACACAUUUGUAGCCUGGAAGUCACAUCACUCACAGAUGUCGCGCAUCCACGCCCAUGCAAAUGAACUUAACACAAGGCAAACACAGAACUUCCACAGGAUGGUUCUCUCAACGUGGAGGGAAAAUACGAUGCUGCUGGCAGAGGACCGGCUCAAGGAGCAACAAGCACAGAAUCACUUUCAGAAUGUUCUUCAACUUAAGGUGUUUUUUGCUUGGAGAGAAGCAGCACAACAUGCAGUGUCAAGGCGACACCAGCAAGAGGAAACCAUCAGCAGAGCUCAGAGGUCCAUAAACCAAGUGCGGCUGCUGUGGUCUUUCAGGCAGUGGAGGAAGCAAACCAGAGAAGGUCAGAGGGAGAGGAUGUGUAUGGAAAAAGCCAGGCUGCACCAUAACGCUAAGAUUCUCUGUAAAGCACUGAAAGGAUGGAAAACACAUCACGUUCAACACCGGAAGAAUAAGGUGAUGAAACGACAGGGAGUGUUGUUACUGAGGCUAAAGAUGUACCAGACCUACUUUGAGCAGUGGAAAAUAAAGCUGCUGCACAGCAGGAGGGAAGCCAAGCAGACGGAGCGUGCACUCUGGCAUUGGUCCCUCACACUUCAGGCCAAGGUGUUGUAUGGAUGGAGGCUGUGGGUCACAGAUCAACGUAGGAAGCAGGAGCAGGCGGCCAUUGCUGCACAGAUCUACAGAGACAAGCUGCUGAAGGAGGGAGUGACAUGCAUUCUUACAUAUGCUGCUCAAAUGAACGAUCUCACAUCCACAUUGACGCACCUCAGCCAAGAGCAGAGAUCACGUCAUCUGCAGAGAGUAGUUAAGCGCUGUGCUAUGCGGUGGAAGCAACGGGCCCUAUGCAAAUCACCAGAAAAGCGAAAAGACCACGGGAAAGCACCAAAUAAGAGUGUGACCUUCCAUUUGACGACACCUGGACUGAGGAGCCUCUCUACGUCGGAGUCGUUAGAGCAGGAAGCUGAAGAUGGGAGACUUCUCAAGCAGAUUCCUCCCUGCAUGCCCCGCCGCCAGCCACGCCGCCGCGAGGAACUGUUUGGGUCACCACAGACAGAAAUGUCAUUUAAAAACACUCAGAGGACAUGUGAUAUCAACAGUGCUGAAACAUCGUCGAAACUCAGAGAAGACAGUCGUUCAUCAUACACCUCCACACAUCAAACCACCAUCACCUCUGCAGACGUAGUUCAACCUAACAAAUGCACAACCCAAAGUCAAGAUGUUCUUUUACCCCCUUCUGCCUUCAUGACCACUGCAACCAAAGUUAUGGCCAGUAGCUCAGGUUAUGGACAUGCUCGACUUGCCACUUCAUUUAAACAUCACUCAUCAGUUCAUUCAGCUGUACGUCCAAGAGCAUCUUGUGGAGAAACUGUAGCAGAUGCAACAGUCGAUCCAGCUUCAGCUUUAACAAAAGAACUGAUGGACAUUCAGCUGGAGAUGAAGAACUUUCAACAGGACAAGAAGCAGCUCCGUGCAUGGCAAAAACUCAAAGAUGUUUUAGAAAAUUGGCUGCAGAUGAGUGGAAAGGAAGAACAAAUGGAGAAAAAUGAGACUCUGCAAGAGCUGAAGCAGCUGGAGCAGCGCAUUGACAAACUGUCCUCCAAAGUGGCCAAACAGAAACCAGCCAUGUUACUGCAUGUAGAGAGGAUCCAGCAUUUACAGACUGUCCUCCAAACUUCAGGAGUUUCUCUUCUGCUCCAACAAACAAAGGAGGUGGAAACUACACACUCUGUGUUGACAACAUGACAGGAAACCAACCUGCCCCACACACACUCGAGGGAUGAUUGUUUGGACUCUUGUUUGUCUGUCACUAUCACUUUUAUUAUUUUGGAGACUGAACUGAACUGAAAUAUUUUGGCACAUUGUUCCUAUCACCUGCUUAUAAGAAACAAAUGAUACCUUAGUGUCCAGGUAAUUUAGCAUAUUUUUGUUGAAUAUAUAGUGGAAACAGUCCAAUUGACAUAGUAAAAUCAUUAGUCAGGUAUAUUAAAUCAAUCGCCAAUUCAACGUCCACCCUGUAAAUAUGCAAAACAUUUGAUAGGGGUUGUCUUUGUAGCAGAUGGUGCUAAAUAUCUUCCAUAUGUGAGCAAGAAGUGAUUGUACUUUUUUCCAGAGAAGCUGCUCUUGCGUAAUAGCUUUACUGUUUCUUGUUAGUACCAGCGCUUGUCAAACUGGGAAAAAUCUAUUCAGGAAAAUUAGUUAUUUCAGACCUGUGGAAAGCAGAGUUGUCUAGAUCACUGAUCUGAUGAUGAGGAUGCGAGGACUUUACCCUCUUUUACUGCUGUUGGCCUUUGUCUGCUGCAUCAGGGGUACGUUUCAUUACUGUCUGUCUUUUGUUCACGUUUAUUGUUAUUAAUCUUUUAGUUAUUGCUUUAUAUUGUCGUAUUUGCAUUUCAGAACAUUAAACUAAAUUUAAUAUUGCAUUAAUAAAUUUUAUUUAAUAAAAAGUACCCUAAUGGUUUACUGA